GCGGCGGCUGAGAUGAUCCUGCAGAUGUUCGAGGAGGAGGAACUCUUAAUUCUCAGCUUGCUGUCUAAAAGGCGACGGAAGAGACGGUGGACGGUUCGUCCUCCCAACGCGGACCGAAGUGUCAUGGGAGAGUUCAGCGUCCUGGUGAAACCCAUGAGGACGCUGGACGAGGGGAUGCACUUCGGCUAUUUCGGGAUGUCAGCUCACCGGUUCGACGAGCUGCUCCGUCGGGUCGAGCCCCUCGUCCGCCACGAAAGGACCCACAGCCGCCCGGUGGGUCUGCAGGAGAGGCUGGCGGUCACACUGCGGCUGCUGGCGUCUGGAAACAGCCAGAGGUCUGUGGCCGAAAGCUACAAGCUGGGGGUGUCCACCGUGUCCCGCAUCGUGUCCGAGAUGUGCUCGGCCAUCUGGCAGGCGCUGGAGGAGGACUAUGUGUCCCUGCCCAAAGGGACCGAAUGGACGGACAUCGCACAGGACUUCUGGAGACUGUGGAACUUCCCGAACUGUGUUGGUUGCAUCGAUGACAGACGCGUCAGCGUCAGGAAGAGCAGUGACUCCGUCUACCACAACGACGCACAGUCCAUCGAGCUGUUUGCCACCUGUGACGCACACCACCGCUUCACGAUGGUGGACAUUUCCUCGUAUGACUGUGAGAACGAGAAGAGGAUUUUCCGCAUCAGUCACUUUGGGUCGAGGCUGCUGAACAAAACCCUGGAGCUCCCGGAGCCGGUGGCCCUGCCCGGCUCCAGCGCCAAGCUGCCCCACGUCUUCCUGGGAGAUGCUGCCUUCCCUCUGCACGAGAACUUAAUGCGGCCUUAUUCAGGUGUCAAUCUGGAUGAUGCUCAGAAGACCUACAACUACCGCCACUCACGGGCCCUGAAGGUCAUUGAAAACACUUUCGAUAUCUUGGUCGCACGCUGGAAAAUUCUCGGUAGGCCCAUUGAAUAUUACCCAGAAAAGGCUGUGGACGUCGUGAAAGCUUGUAUUGCCCUCCACAACAUGCUUGCCCACAAUGAUGCUGCAGAGUCUCCGACUGGCCGCCGCUACAUCCCACCCAACUUAACGGACAACACAGAGGCAUCGGGUGUACUCAUACCUGGUGAUUGGAGGAGCCCUGUGACAAGACACACCAACCUGAGACACCCCGGGAGAGUGUCCCGCACCCGAGCAUCCAACACUGCAAUUGCGGCGAGGAAUAACCUGAAGUCAUUUUUCCUAACACCGCAAGGACUCUUACCCAUGUAAUUUAAGAGACGUUCCCUGAACUGAUGUGGCCUUAUUGAUCGUGCAAUAAAACAUUUUGCUAAAUGUGGCACAAAUUUUUUUCACAUAAGAAAAGCAUCAACUUAUACUCUGGUAUAUCCUCAGUUUCGAGAUGAUAUUUCUGUUACAGAGACCAAACUGACAGUCAGUUUAAUCUAAAAGAUAUUGAGGAGUAAAUAGCUGGUGCCUGGCUAGGAUGGUUGAUCGGUGACUGGUGAGAAUGUUCUUGGAUGUGUGGAUAUAACUACUCUGGAAAGAUUUAUUACAUGUAAUAUGCUAAGUAGAGAGCAUAACAGGUAGUAACAGGGUUUGAAUGUUCUGGAGAAUGGGUGCUACUCCUACUCGUCUCCUGAGUUAUCACAGAUCAAUCUUUGAGCAGCUACAAUUUACCUUCUUGUGCUGGGUUAAAGCAAUCAAAAGCAUGCAUACAUGGUUAAGAAAAACACUGUUUUAUUACACAAUGCAAUGUGAAAAGCAAUGCAACCCCAAGUCAAACAAUAAUAUAAUUAAUAGCAAUGCAACAAUGACAAGAGAAAGCCACGGUAAAUGGAGACACCACCAAACACAAUGUCAUGAUGGCAGCCGUGGGUGUUUUGUGGUGUACUCGUACAUGACUUGGUACAGUUUGUGCAUGGCCUCUUGCUGGUAGGCCUCGUCAACUGAACCCAACAUGUCUACUAAAACCCUGGCAAACCGUGUGUGUGGUGUGUCUUGUUGCUGCGGCUCCUGCUUAUUCUGGUUCUCUCUGUACUGUUUCAUGAACUUCACCCUCUCCACCUGCAGCUGCU